AUGAAUUCAGUUCCUUUUCAAUCUGCACCACUUCUUGAACCUAUGCAGUUUCCAGUAUUACCACCCGAACCACCAAAUUCAAGUUCCUUUUGGGAGACCAGAAAUGUUUGCGAUCGGUUCCGGGAAUUGCAGGAUACGCUAAAUCUUGUAAAGGGAAUGCAAAAGGAACUAGAGAUGUUGAAGAUGAUAAGAUACCGUGAAGGGUCUUUAGAGGGUUUAACUCAUGGCUCAAACGGAACUUACCUUUUGAGUUUUCUAAAGUGUUUAGAGGACAGAGGGGUUAGUGUAGAAACCCAAGAAGCAUUAGCUAUUGAAACGGCCAAUGCUUUGAUGUUAAAACUAAGAGCGCUGCUGGAGCCAUUUAGAUAUGUUGCAGAUGAAGCAAGUCCAUGGGAAGAGAAAUCAGCAGUGGCUAGGUUUACAAGUAAAGUGCAUAAGUCUAAACGGAAUCAACUCUGGAGGAAGAGAAAAAGGAAGCGUAUUGCGGAAAUAACGGCAAAGGACCACGAGCGAUUCGCCCAAAUUGACCAGGAAGCUGAUGAAUGGAGGGCUAGGGAGAUUGCCAAGGAAAUUGCAGAUAACAAGGUCAAAAAGAUGAAAGAAAUUGCAAAGCUUAAAGUCAAAGAAGAGAAGAAGAAACUAGAGUCUGAGCUGGAGCUGCUCUUGGUGGUGGAGAAACUUCAAGAAUUACGCUCCAUAAGGAUACAAAAGUUAAAAAAACAAGGCCAUUUUCUCCCAGAGGAGGAUGACAGGUUUCUUGAGCGAGUUCAGGCUGCAGUGGAAGAAGAGGAGCGUGAAGCUUUGGCAGCAGCUGAAACAGAUGCUGCUAAAGACGCAAUUGCAAUUGCCGAGGAAUCCAGAAAAGCUAUGCAGAACCAAGAGAAACUUUCAGAUGGAAGCAAUGAUGAAAGUCAAAUUAAGGAGAAAAAAGAGGAAAUAGUCUAUAGUGUAACUGAAGAGGGAUUUGAUGCAACUGAUGAGAAGAAAUCUAGUAAAAUAGCAUCUGAAGAACAGAACUAUAGAGGGGCUUAUGAUCCUUUGGCCAAUUUGCCAAUGGAGUUCUAUCAUUAUUAUCAUGGAAGCAACAAUGACAUGGGCACAUUGAUCGAGGUUAGAAGAGGAUGGGACGCCUAUAUCCGACCGGGAGGAAGUCGCAUACCUGGACACUGGGUUCAGCCUCCUCCUCCAGCCAAUGAGAUAUGGGCAUCUUACUUGGUGAGGUCUAAAUGA